GCAGUCGUCAUGACUCCGGACAUAAGCGUAGCUAUAAUACAGACUCCUCUCGCGAUCGUUCCUCGGACCAUAAAAGAUCUCGUCAAGACAGUUUUAUUUAGAAAGAAAAAUGCAGUUGAGUUUCGAAAAAUACAAAUCCAAAUGAGAAGAAACCUUCUAUGAAACCACUUACCUUCCUCCAUGUGCGUGGAUUCAGUGCCAUGAGUACAACUGCUACUAACACUGCCACCAUGACUGAUAUAUCACCACUACUGCUAGUACUCACUCUUCCACUGCAACCAGCAUAGGAAUGUGUAACCACGAAAAUGUUUUAAAGGCAUAGCACUGUACUGACAAAUGUAAAAACUGUGCCCAGUGAGAAUUGCGUCUCCUUAAAGGCGUGUAGUAGUAAUCAUAACUAAUUAACACACAAAUAAAUCGAUAACCAUCAAAGUCAGACAGAUAAACAAAAGUAAGAAAAAAAAUAAAGCCUUUAAGAACGCCCCAAUAUAUGCCAUUGAAACGAUAUCAUAGCUGCAGUGCUGUAAUUUUUUGAAGAAAGCCCAAAGCCCUGUGGCUGGCCAUGGUGUGUGUGGCUGGCGGCGUUUGCAACAGAAUCUCGAGGUUGAACUCUCUAGUAUUUGAUUUAUGAGUAUAGACAAGAAGAAGAAGAAGAAGAGGAGGAGGCAUAAAAAGAGACACAAAGACAUUUGCUUGAAUGACAAAAUUACCUUACCUUAACCAACCAUUGUGUAUUUUUGUAUAUAGACUUACGAUACGAGAUUGCUUUGAGUAUAUAAGGAAGAGACCACACAGCUUGUACUUGUAAUUCGUAAUGCAUAUCUCCCAUAGAGAUUCAGAACAUCUUAUAAAACUCACUCAUUCACUCACUCUACUCUGCUCUACUCUGCUCCGCUGAUGUAAAAAGUAACAUAGAACGGCUCUAUGAAGCUCCUCUCUCCCCAAUAUCAACUUACCCUCUUGUGUGUUGUGACAUUGUUGUCGUUGUUAUCUCUCACAUCUCUGCCAACUAAAAAUCCGACUCAAAUCAGUUGAUGAGAGCGUUGCGCCUCUUUUGCGCUGUUUGGUCUGUCACACUUGAGAGCCAUACAAAGGCGAACAGACAGUAUUCUUUGUUGUUGUGUAUGCAUCUGUACUAUAUAAACAUAGAUAUUCUGCAGAAUGUUGAAAGCGAAUGAAUCGAAUCAAAUCGAUAGCGAUAGCAAUAGCUUACAAUCUAUAGAAACAAUCAAUCAAUCAAACAAACAAACAAUCAUUGCCCAAAAUAGCUAUAAAUUCUCCUCUACAAAUCUGUUCUCAUCAUCGCCAAUGUAGGACUAUAGACGUACGUCAUCAUCCACGGGAAGAGGUAAUCGCACACCUCCGCCACCCCCACCACCGGUGGUAACAUCGACUAGCUCGUCCUCUAGCUAUAGAGGUGGCAACUCCUCGAGACACAACAAUCGUGAUGACUCAAAGUCCAGGCACCGCUCCGAUAUGGGACCGCCAUCGAAAAGAGCACCGGUUCGCAGCAGCUUUGUCUCACGCAUGCGAGGAUCCAGCAGUCGAGUGGGCGUGCGCACUGUUCGUGGAGGCGGCGGUUCCGGUCGUAUAAUACGCCGCGAAUCCAACGAUUUGAGAAUAAUGCGCCGCAAGCUCAUGUAUGCCCAACAGAAAGAUCGUGCACGUCUAUUGAAAAUCGCACGUCUAACGAGCUCACUUAGGCGUCGUCGUUUUGAUCGACGAUCUUCGAAGAGUCCCCGCCGUUCAUCGAAGGGUGGCAAGAAAUCGGCUUCGGCGUCCAGCGAUGAGGAGGAUGAUGACAAGAAGAAAUCCAAGCAAAAGGACAGCGAUGACGACGAUGAGAACAAUGAUGAGGAUAAAGAGGGCGGCGAUGAGAAAAAGCCGAAGCGCAGCAAAUCGAAACGCACCACAAAAUCUGCAGAUAAAUCGAAUGCUGAGGACGAGGAGGAGGAGCAUGAGGACGACGACGACGGGGCAGGCGAUGGCAAGAAAAAGGCAGGCGACGACGAAGACGAAGAGGACAACGACGACGAAGAGCAGGACGAGGAGGGCAAAUCUCAGGCCGAUGACAAGGAACAUGUAGAGGGUGAAGAGGAUGCUGGUACUGGCGAGAAGGGCGAAGGCGAUGAGUCCACAGCUGCAGAGAAAACUGGCGAAGGCGAUGGUUCUGGUUCUGGUGAUAAGAAAGAAGGUAAGAAAAGUAAGGAAAGUUCUUCGAAGAAGGACAAGUCAGCAGCCAGCACUAGCAAGAAGUCCACCUCGUCCAGCAAAAAGGACAGCAAAGAUGACAAGGAACGCAAAUCCAAAAAGAGUUCGCGCAGUGAUGACGAAGCUGCCGAUGACGAUGGCAAAGAUCGCAAGGUGCGUUCUUCACGUCGUGACAGCCCCUCCCGCCGAGGUGGUAAUCUGUCGCGUUUUAUCAAAUUGACUUGCAUACACUGUCACAUGAAAUGUGUAACAUUCAAGGAGUAUUCGUAUCACUUGACUUCACGCGUUCACCGGGCUGCUUUGCGUCAAAUUGCAGUGCGACAGCGCGAUCAUCUAUUGCAGCUGCGUGCCCGUCAACGUGCCGCACAAAAAGAGAUUGAGGACAAGUCGACAGAGACCUAUGAAUCGAAAUUCUGUCAUCUGUGCCGCUUGCACUAUCGCCAGCCCAAGGCCAAGCAUCAGCUGUCGGAACAUCAUAAGAUAAUGAAAAAAUUCCUAAUGCCAUACUGCUCGACAUGUCAUUUGGCUUUCAAGAGUCCCAUACUCUAUGAGACACAUCGUUGUUCAUUGGAACACAUAAGGAACAAGGCCCGCAAACAGGAUUCCGAUUCGGAUAAUAGUGGCGAUGAGGAAAUGCGUGAGAUUGACCUGAACAAGUUCAUGACCGUUGACUCGGUGGGCGAAAUCGAUGAAGAAAUGGAUGCCGAUGUGGAAGCCCUUCUAAAUGAAGCAAAUGACGACUCUGAGGAGGAUAACGAGGAUAAAGAACGUGCACCCCGUGGGGCAGAGUUUGUGAAGGAGGUCAACGCUUUCUAUUGUGAGCUGUGUGACCUGCAUGCCUCGACAGAAAAAUCUACACUGGAGGAAUAUUCCAAGAAACAUUGUCUGCAAAGAUCCCACCUAAAGGCCUAUCUGCGACACAAGGAAGAGGAGAAAAAUGCCCAGAAACGCAAGGAAGCCAAGGAGCGAAAUAAAACCGAAACUGAAAAGAAGGAAGCCGUCGAGGAAGAUAAAAAAGUCGAGGAGGAACAAGACGCUGGCGACAACGAAGCGGAGAAACCCAAGGCUGGUGAAGAACAUGAGGAACAUGAAGGGAAUGACGAAGCUCAAGCCGCAGAUGAGAAGCUAUGGGAGGAUGUUGAUAAGGAUUUGGGCGAUUUGUUGAGACAUGUGGAGCCCGAAGAACGCGAUGAGGAUGAGGAGAAUGAUUCUGUGCUCAACAUAGACAUUGAAAGCGAAAAACAUAAAAACAAAGAACAAGUCAAUGGCAAGAAGGAAGACGAGGAAAAGGACGAUGAAGCCGCCGAAGCCGAAGAGCAAGAAGAGUCAAAAAAAGACAACGGAAAGGAGGAAACCACAUCCGCCGCCACCAACGAGAAAAGUGUUGCCCCAGCCGGUGCAACCAAAGUCAAGCCACAACGAGCACAACGAUCAACAGCAAAUGUUGCAAAGACUGCAGCCGCAACGAAGGAGACCAGUGAGGCUGAAACCAAAGAGUAAAGAUCAAACAAUCAACAAAGACAACAGUUGUGGCACCAACAGAGAUUGUCCAAUGUAAUUGAUGCCUAUGUAAGGAAUCAUGACUUGUACCACCCACAUCCCCAUUUGAGUUAUGUCCAGCCAUCAUGAACAUUUUUGAGUCCUUAGAAACUUAUUUUAUUGUAUAGUUCCCCUAACCUUAAAACCCUCCCAAAAUGUCCAUCCCAUUAAGAAACUAUUUGAUUUCAUAUUACCAUUGUGUUAAGUUGAGGUACACAUGGACGAGCGCUAGGCGAGUGAGUAGGUAUUUCUAGAUUACCUUAUAUCGUAAAUGUCCUUAAAAUAAUUCAAAACACAUAUAAGUACUUUCAAACAUGCAUAUAUAUAGUGCAACAACAUAUAUAUUGUGAAAUAAUAAAAUAAACAGCGUGAAUAAAGAUUUUAAACCAUAACCAAA